UGCAUUUAAUGACAUUUCUAUGCUUUGAGAUAAAAACACGGCAAUGAUGUGAGUGAAAGGAAUCAAAAUUGUUAUAUAAUCAUACACACAGGUCACAUCAGUAAAAUACGAAAUUAAAAUAAAAAUCUUACCUAAAUAAAUCAUGGAUGGUGAGCCGGAGGCUUUGUCGGAUACUGCUACGAAUUGCAACUUCGCAUCCGCAUCAGAAACACCAAGCGACAAUUAUCAAGCUAGAUUAGAUACGUUGGAAAAAAAAGCUGUUCAUCUGAGAUUAGUGUUAGAAAAGGAUUAUAAAGCUGCAGAUAUAAAAUGGAGUUUGUUUGUGGCUGCAGCAUUUAGUUUUCGCUACGAAAGCUGUCUUCGCCCUUUUCCACCAGUUUUUAUGAAAAGUGGAGUGAAAGACAUGGAUGAAUUACUUAGUGCCAUCACCGAUGUACCAGCAUUGGACUUGGUUUUACAACAAUUGGACAACUUAGAAAUGUUGCCCAACAUAAGUGAUAUAAUUGAUCUCUUGUUUUACGUUCUUGUGAGAUUAAAAGAACCGAAUCUUAAAACAGUACCAACUGAGGCGCAUGCAAGUGUAUUGGAAUUGUCGAAUUCCGGCAAAUUAGCACCAAAUCCUCAAUAUAUAUUUCAAGUCAUAAGUACCAGCAAAUCUCCUGCUGAAUUGAGAUGGAAGGAAUUGUCAAAAAAUCACAAUGUAUUUUAUGCAUACCAUGGAAAUCGCUUGGAAAAUUUUUACACAAUAUUACAUUUUGGUUUGCAACAACAUUUAAAUAAGAGUACGUUGCUGAGCAGUGGAGUGUAUUUAUCUCCUGAUUUGGCAGUGAGCUUGCCCUAUAGUCAUGGCGGGUUCGGAUGGGGCGCGAGUUGCAUCGGGGGACAUUUAUCCUGUGUGGCAAUGUGUGAAGUAAUAGAUGCUCCAAAUGGCAUUAACUAUCAAAAACCUGUAUCCAAUGAAGGUGAUGGUUUAAAUGAAGACGGAAAGAAAAAAUUACUCGAAAAGUGCUGUGACAGUCCAAUAACACAAUACAUUGUAACUAAUUGUGAUCUAGUAAGAGUUCGUUACUUACUAGUUUAUGCUAAGCAACCAGCUUCUAUGAGAUUUCCCACUACAAGCUCUAACAGACGUGCAGGAGGACUGCGCUACUGGUUAUCAAGACAUAAACUCUUCUCAAUAUUACUUGGCUACGGUUUGAUGUUGGCUACAAUCGGAUUUGCAAACAAUCAACCAAUACAUUACUACUAUAAAGUUUUGCUGAAGAAACUGGACGUAGCACUUGCUAACAUAAAAGUUUAAUUACAACAAUGUCUCAAUUGAUUUAACGAAUUAUAUUUAAAUUAGAAAGUUUAAAACAUCAUUCUUUAAGUAAUUUUACACAUUUUUUAUUGAUAUUUAGACCAUUUCCAAGUUUUCCUUAUGUUUUUAGUCUUGAUAAUUCAGAAUAGAAUAUUAUAAAUUUUA